CUGUAAAUUAAGAAAAUUCUCGGGGUAGCAAAUCCAAAUUCCCUUUCUAGCCUCUCUCUCUCUCUCUCUCUCGCUCGCUCAGCAGCUCUUCAAACCCUAACGCCGAGACCAGUCGAUAUCGGCGACGUGAUUCUCUCUGGUUUCUCCUCGUAAUCCUGUAAACCCGACGGCGAAGAAUCUCCGCCGCGGAUUUAGUCUUCAUUGGCGAUCCCUCCUCCGAAGAUGUCCGUCCAUUGCUUUUGAUUUAGGUCAUCGGACCUGAAUCCGAUUUGUUGCUCUGAAGAAGAGCAAACGAGUCAUCUGCUAAGCUAUUUCGUGAGAAUCUAAUGGACUUAGCUUAAUCCGUUAGGGCUUUCGAGUUGUUGCGAACAUUAGAUCGUUUUGUAUGCGAGAGACGAGAAGCUCUGCGUUAUCCAUGGAGAUUUCAGUUUCCUCUCCAAAGCAGAGCGUGUUAUCUUCAUCGGAUUGUAUGAGCGACCCUGAGGAGGAGCACGAGAUCAGCGAGGAGGAGGAUGACGACGAUCGCAACCAUAAGCAUCGUAAGAAAGAAGAGACGAGUUCUCAGUCCUUGGAGCAAGGCUCUUCAGAUCAGGCUUUCUCGCGUCCCUACAGGAGAAACUAUAAACAUUUUGAGAAUGGCAAUGAACAUGAGAAACGGUCUCUAGGAGCAGGAGGAUCAGGACACCGUGUACAGUUUGAUAACCAAAGAUCAAGAUCAAACCCUGGUAGAGGUAGAGGAAGUUAUGGUUCUUGGAGUCAGCGUGAUUCCAGGUUUAAUCAUCCUGUUGAUCUCUCAUCUCAUAUGGUUCCGGGGAUGUUUGGAGGGAGGGGGAUAGCUGCUCAAACCGCACCUUGGCCUGGGUUUGGAAUGCUUCCUGGAGUUCCCAAUGGUGGCUUGGAUGGUUUCCAUCACUUGCAAGGGCCUCUAGGACCGCCGUUGAAUGGUCCACUCAACAUGGGGAUUCCUCGGCAGCGAUGCAGAGAUUUUGAGGAACGUGGGUUCUGCCUCAGAGGGGAUAUGUGUCCCAUGGAGCAUGGAAUCAAUCGUAUCGUUGUUGAUGAUGUUCAGAGUCUAUCACAGUUCAACCUUCCCGUUUCUGUCCCUGGUGCACCUCAUAUGGCAGCUUCUUCCAAACCAGUGCCUGCACAGUUUGGGGGUGCUAAUUUCAUGAAUACGAAAGGAGCUCAUGGGAAGACUAACGAGACUGGAAUGGCUGUUGAUGGUAUGGGUUAUGGUGAUGCAUAUCCUAGUGCAGGUGGAACUGAUUCUUACGAUCCUGAUCAACCUUUGUGGAAUAACAGUGCUGGUGAAACUUCAGGGGCAUUAUCUGCUCUAAAUUCUCAUGGGAUUGAUGAGAAUGUCGCUCCAAUGGAUGACAAUAACCAAGAUGGCCCUGUAAAUACAUAUGGUAUUCGAGAAUCAAGAAACAAUAAUCAGUCGGGUUGGGGCAGAGUGCGUAAUAGUCAAGCAAAUCUCAAAGAGAAAGGUGAUACUGUAUUAAAUUCAUCAGCUGGUCCUGAAGGUCAAUCGAAGGAGAUCUCAGUUAGUUUAUCCCGCCAAAACAAUGUUGGGGGAAGUGUCGCAAAAGCUGUUGAUUCAUCAAACGCUUCAAACGAUGCAGUGAAUAAUACAAGAACACCAAUGCAAAAGGCAAUGCGGACUCUAUUUGUGAAUGGUGUUCCCCACGAGAGCAACAGAAGGGACCUCAUUCUCGCCCAUUUUCAGAAAUUUGGGAAAGUUAUUGACAUUCACAUCCCAGUAAAUAGCAACCGAGCAUUUGUUCAAUUCUCAAAACGCGAAGAGGCUGAGUCCGCUCUCAGGGCACCUGAUGCUGUUAUGGGUAACCGCUUUAUCAAACUUUGGUGGGCAAAUAGAGAUAGUAUACCUGAUAAUGGCCUGUCCAGUGGGAAUGGUGCUUUUAUGAAGGGUCGUGUCGUGGGUGCUUCUGGAGGACAGAACCAGAUUCCUAUCUCUGCAGCAUCGAAAAGCAACCAUGUAUCUCUUACUGCGAAAGGGCCUGCCUUCCACCCUGGUGGAGCUCCAUCAUCAUCUCAACAGCCUAAGCCUGUGGGGGUCACUAGUGGUCCCAAGGUUAUGCCGCUUCAGCAGAAAAAAGCAGACACUCUUGAGCAGUUGAAAGAGACACUUCGGAAAAAGCAGGAAAUGCUGGAUCAAAAGCGUAACGAGUUAUGCAAAAAGUUGGCGACUCUUCAAAAACAAGAAACGGGUGUUAAAGACGAGGAAGCAGAUGAGCCAGAUGCUAAGCGCGUUAAGGUGGACACAGCCUCGAACUCCGGUACUGCAAUCCCAUCACCAAAAACAGAGUCAUUGACUGAGAAGAAAGGGCCUAUCAAGAAACCACUUUCUAUUGCUAGACCAAGCACAGAAACGCCAUCGCCCGAUUUGAAAAACUUAAAGCAAAGACCGUAUUCGUAUACCACAAGUUUGAACACUCCUAUGGUAAAUAGGUAUAAGUUGGACAACCGCACGACUACCAUCAAAGUUGUCCCUCCUUUGCCAACCGGGCUAGCCGAUGUUGCUGUCUUAAAAGAACAUUUCUCUUCUUAUGGCGAGGUCUCAAAAGUGGAACUCGAAGACAAUGCAUCGGCUGAUAGUGGCAAGGAUCAGGAUGAAACACAUAACAAAAGCCUUGCAGCCUGUGUGACAUUUGUGAAACGCAGCGCAGCAGAGAAAGCGUUUGCUAAUGCAAAGUCUUGGCAAGAACACACGUUGCAGCUCGUG